AAAUAGGAGGUGUGGAUGUGCCCGCUCUUGGUUUCGCUAUUGGAAUUGAACGCUUGGUGGACUACUUGGAGGAGAAAAAAAUACUGAAAACUGAACAAACGGAUUAUCCAAUAAUCGCAGGAGUUGAUGAAGCCGGGCGCGGGGCUCUGGCAGGGCCAAUAAUAGUUGCUGCUGUUAUCCUACCGACCGGUUUUCAAAAUCCCUUAAUUCAAGAUUCAAAAAUACUUAAUCCCAGCCAAAGAAAAAGAGCCUAUCGUCUCGUCAAAAAAGAGGCCCUGGAAUAUAAUAUUAUUGCUAAAAGUGCCCGAGAGGUAGAAAUUAAAAAUCCUCUUGCGGCCACCAAAGAAGCCAUGGCCGAGACUCUGGCUAACCUAAAAAAUAAACCUGAUUUAUGCCUAGUGGACGGCCAAGAGAAAAUUGUGAUGGAAGGAUUUAAAAUUGUCAGUGUGGUGGGUGGCGAUCGACGAUCCAUUAAUAUCGCCGCCGCUUCAAUUGUUGCCAAACACGGAAUCUGUGAUUUACACCGCCAAACCUACGAACCGAUAAAAAGUCUAUUAAAACCGGACUGCGAUAAAAAAAAGUUGCGAGAAAA